UUUCAUCUUUGCUUGCGAAUCUUCUCUCUUUAUCUGCUGGAGUGAGAUGGAGAACUUUAUGCAUCUCAUCUUCUUGGUCUCCUUGUCAGAAGCAUACGCGACUGAGGAUGUUCCAACGGUGUAUGGUGUCGAAGGAGAGCCCAUCACCAUCAAUUGCACUUACAACCCCCAGGAGAACCAGUGGAGAGAGAAGAGUUGGUGCAAGCACAUCAGUGAGAUGUCAUGUCAGCAUGUCGUCAGCGCCCGGCGUUUUUGGAUGCCGUUCCUCAAAAAAAGGAAUGGCACCACUGCCAUUGCCGACAACAUCGAGAAGGGAAUUCUCACAGUGACCAUUGACCCGUUCCAGAAAGAGGAUGCUGGUUUGUAUCAGUGCAAGGCGGAAUUCUUGGGGGCUACAAACAUCCUGCAGAAAGUGAAGGUGGAAGUUCUGACAGGUCUAUGGGAGACUGAGGCACCUGAGGAGCCCAGAGCAGUGCACAGCAUCUCCAGCACCCUGUCAGAUGCUGAAGUCAAUCUUCGCUUCCUUGUGGCUGGAUUCUUGGGUUUCAAGCUCCUGGUUGCUGUAGUCAUCUUGAUCGCUGCCAAGAGCCAGUGCAGCAGACAGACAAAGGAUGAGAGCCAUGGAGAAAAUGAGCACCAGCUCUUCCCAAUCACAGGCUAAAAAGUUUGGCAUAAAUGGGAUGUCAUGGAAAGACGAAUAAGUAAGAAUUCAAAGAUAGGUGCAUAGAAAUGCUCCAGCAGACAGGAUGUGAAGGACAUGUUUGCUUUCUCCUGUGGCCUGUGUUCCAUGACCAAUGCAAGGACUGUGGUGGUUCCAUUUAUAAAGCCAGAUGUUGCCAGCAAGUCAAACUAAACAGCUUUGCUGUAGACAAUAAAGAGUAUCAGAUGAAUGCUCCACCCAGAAGCACUUUUAAUAUUAUCUUGAGAACAAUCUGUACAGUGUAAGAAUAAAUGUAUGAAUAUACAUCUCUUUCUCUAAGUUCUUUCUGUUGCAAAGGGAGCAUAACAAUAAUUACAUGCAGAAAAAGAAAAGAAUGGCUCACACAAUAUAAACUGCAA